CGUCUUCAAGGUGCCUUGGGUCGCCCGGCUCAGUCCAGUUCGCGUUCACGUCGCAGACGCCUUGAUCGCCGCCUACUUGAGCCUACUUGAAUCCUGCCCGCGCCAUCGCCCAGCUCGUCCACGCCCCAGCCGCCGCUUUCAGCCGUCAUCGGACUUGUUGCUCGACAUCCCACGUCUCACGCUGCAUGACCGCGAGCCACUCAACGAGGCUACGGGGGCAAAUACCUACGCCAUGGCAGACAGCAACAGCCGUGUCAAUGUCGUCUUCGUCGGCGCGGGUGCCGUGGGAUGUUUCUACGCCUCCCGCUUACACCAUGUAACCCUUCUCACAACGUCCACGUCUCCCUCGUGGCUCGGUCUAACUACGCAGCCAUUCAAAAGGACGGUGUGAAGCUGGAGACCCGAAGCUUCGGCGACUACACGUUUGCCCCAGAUGCCGCGUUCCCGUCCGUAAGUGCGGCGGCUGAUGCGCCUGGGGAGGACGGAGCGAAGCGAGACUGGCACUACAUUGUCGUCACAACCAAGGCCCUGCCUGAUGUAAGCGAUGACUCGGACAUGAUUACGCCCCUCGUGGGCCCCAAGUCGUGCAUCAUCCUCAUCCAGAACGGCGUCGGCGUCGAGGAACCCUUCCGGAAGCGGUUCCCAGACACACCCAUUGUCAGCGCCGUCACCGUCAUCAGCGCGGAACAGACGUCCCCGGGCACGAUCCGGCAGAACCGGUGGACACGCAUCAGCAUCGGCCCGUACACCGACGGCCUGGGCACCGGGGACCCGGAGGUGGUCCGGCGCGGGACGGCGUGCACUGAGGCGCUAACGCGGUGGUGGACGGACCUGGGCGGCAUCCGCGACGUGGAGCCGCACGACGAGGUCGGCCUGCAGACGGUGCGGUGGCACAAGCUGUGCAUCAACGCCGCCAUGAACCCGUCGGCCGUGCUGUCGGGCGGCCGGGGCAACGCCGACAUGGUGGCCGACCCGGAGCUCCGGCGCCACCUGCUCGGCGUCAUGCACGAGAUCCGGGACGCCGUGCCGCGCAUCCUCGGCCGCCCGUUCCCGGCGAGCAUGGCGGCGCCGGACAAGAUCAUCGAGAGCACCGCCCGCAACAAGGGGGCCCGCCCGAGCAUGCUGCUCGACUGGGAGGCCGGCAAGCCCCUGGAGCUCGAGGUCAUCCUGGGCAACCCCGUGCGCAUCGCCCGCGAGAGGGGCGUCGAGAUGCCGAGGUUGCAGAGCCUGUAUGCGCUGCUGAGGUCUGCGCAGCAGAUGAGGAAGGCAAGCGAGGCAAAGGGGAAGCUGUAGUUGCCGAGUGCUGCCCCUUGAGAGAACUGGGCUGGUUUUUUUAUUCCAUGACUGGGGACGAUAGUGUAUGUAAGAGUUACGGUUUCAGUCGCCAUAUCAAUUGGCCCAUCUACAUUUCGGACGAUAGCAGCAGUGUUGUGAUUCAGCGCCGCACCCUCGUGUUGGUCUGCGCACCUCUUUCAUCCCUUAGCUUAGGCUCUUACAAGCUGUCCAAAAUAUCUUCAUUUCCUCAAGCCUUUUCC